CCUUGCAGUUUCCAUUAAGAUGAACAUCUUGUUAUUUGCGCCUGCACUGUUGCUUGCAUAUCUGCGCUGCCUUGGCUUCAAGAAAACUAUACUGCAGCUGACUAUUUGUGCUGCUGUACAGGUUUUGUUAGCUGUACCAUUUCUAAUGGCUAAUUCAUUUGGAUAUAUAAAGCAGUCUUUUGACUUAGGACGUGUCUUUUUGUUUGAGUGGACAGUGAAUUGGAGAUUCCUACCAGAAGAGAUAUUUGUUAAUAGGUCGUUCCAUUUACUGCUUCUUGGUCUACAUUUGGUUCUUCUCUGCACCUUUGCCUACACUCACUGGGAUAGGUAUCUAGUCAAUUAUGCCACUCUUCAAGGAAUUGGACUUGAGACAGAGAUGGCCUGCCAGCUACUAGUGUUGCCCUUGUUUGUCAGCAAUUUCAUAGGUGUGGCUGUGAGUCGAUCUCUCCACUACCAAUUCUAUGUUUGGUACUUCCACUCUCUGCCGUACUUGCUUUGGUCAACUCAAUUUAGUGUAACAUUCAGACUUUUGUUGCUAGGUGUGGUGGAGCUUUGCUGGAAUACAUACCCAUCAACAUGGUGGAGCUCAGGUCUCCUUCAUGCUUGCCACCUAGCUCUCCUAACAGGAUUGUUCCUAAAUCGUCCAACAAACAAGCGAACAGAAAGGUUAAAGAAAGCACUAGAAAAGAAAGAAUAAAAGUAAUACAAGAUUA